AUGCCAUUGACGCCGCAGUACGAGUGGACCCAGACCGCGACGCACCUCUCGCUGACCGUGCCGCUCAAGGGCGCCAGCCGCAAGGACGUCGACUUUUACGUCGCGGACGCGGUGGUCAAGAUCAACUUUAAGCCGUAUGUACUGCUUCUGGACCUUGUCGCGCAUAUUGAGCCGACGAGCGCGGUCGUCAAGAUCCUCGAUGGCGUCAUUCACUUGACCGUCGCCAAGAGCACGCCAGACAUGUGGAAGGAGCUUGUCUUUUCUGGCUCCAAAGCCGACAUUCUAGCGCGGCGACAGGCGUCCAUGGACCGCAAGACUGAGAUGGAACAGCAGUUGGCCGAGAAGCGAAAGGACGCCAAGUACGCGACGGAGAAGAAGACGCUCCGGGAUCAAAUGGCGCUGGAAGAGCACGAGCGGCAGCGCCUCGACGACCUCAAGGCCGACGAAAAGCAGCGCGAAGAGACCGCCAUGUACCGCACCUUCGAGGAGCUCAAAGCGCCGUCAGCGCCCAAGCGAACGAUCGUCCAGCCACCGAUGGAGCCGAUCCUCGAGGCGUCUACCGACGGGACCUUUGACGUUUCCAACAACGACGAGAUCGAGUGGAGCGACACCGAGUCCGAGACCGACAUGGCGCCCUUGACAACUCCGCCGCCCCCCGUCCAAGACGAUGGUUUUAGCAGCAAUAACGUCAACGACGAGGACGACGAGAGCGAUGUGGUGUACGUUCCCGCGCCGCGCGAGACGCUGCAGUCCACCAUCAGCUUUACGCCGCGCGUGUUUCCAACGCCGAGCCGCGAGUCGACGGCCGCGGACGAGGAAGAUUGGCUCGUCAAGAACCGCAAGCAUCUCAAGUCGCACAAGGGCCUAAACGCGAAUUACGCCCAAGAUAUCAGCGAGACCGACCGUACGUUGUAG